GCGACAUAUACUAAGCCAUUCAGUUUCUUAUCGCAUUGCUCGCUCAGCCAGCACCGACACGCUUGGAGGAUACGCGUUUACCAGCCAAUAACCAUCCAAGCGCCCGAACUACCACAAGGAGUCGCUAGAACGCAACACUGCAUGGCAAUCCUUAUCCGACACCCACACGGUUUAACUUGCCCCAAUUUGGCAUCGCUUAUCUGGAUAAGCUGAGUGAGACUGUUUUUUUAAGGAAAGGUUAGGGUUAGUGCAUUUUAGGGAUAUGGAAUGUACUCAGAGACCGCGCCCUGGAACAGGUUUGGAAAUCUACCACCCCGGAAUCUUGUUUUGAGAGGUGUGUCUAAUUCGUUGUAUAUCCUAUAAACAUUUUCUUACUGACACAUUAGACCCUAUCUGCGCACAGUUCAUCUAAGAGGAGAAGAAAUGACAAACCCAAGCAGGAUUAUUAUAAAAGGGGGGAAAGUUGUGAACGAGGACUGCUCGGUUAUCAGCGAUGUCUACAUUGAAAACGGACGUAUUGUAGAAGUCGGAUUAAACCUAAUAGUCCCGGCUGGAGUUACCGUAAUUGAUGCUACUGACAAACUGGUGAUCCCGGGUGGUAUCGAUACCCAUACCCACAUGGAGUUUGAGUUUAUGGGCACCAAGGCAGUAGAUGACUUCUAUAUCGGGACUAAGGCUGCCUUGGCAGGAGGGACCACUAUGAUCCUAGACUUUGUGAUCCCCCAGAGAGGCACCUCCCUCCUGGAGGCCUAUGAUAGGUGGAGGGACACAGCCGACAACAAGGUCUGCUGCGACUACUCUCUCCAUGUAGCUGUGACAUGGUGGAGCGACAAGGUCAAGAAGGAAAUGGAGAUUUUGGCCAAAGAGAAAGGUGUCAACUCCUUCAAGAUGUUCAUGGCAUACAAGGAUAUGUUUAUGCUCAAAGACCAUGAGCUGUAUGCUGCAUUUUCCCAAUGCAAAGAGAUUGGAGCUAUAGCCCAGGUGCACGCAGAGAAUGGAGACCUUAUUGCAGAGGGGGCUAAGAAAAUGCUGUCCCUGGGCAUCCGUGGUCCGGAGGGUCAUGAGUUAUGUCGACCUGAGGAGGUUGAGGCUGAGGCCACCCAGAGAGCCAUCACCAUCGCCCACACAGUCAACUGCCCCCUCUACGUGGUCCACGUCAUGAGCAAGUCUGCUGCCAAGGUGGUGUCCAGUGCCCGCAGGAAUGGCCGUGUGGUGUUUGGAGAGCCCAUAGCUGCGGGACUGGGUACAGAUGGCACCCACUACUGGCACAAAGACUGGUCCCAUGCUGCCCAGUUUGUCAUGGGCCCACCGCUGAGGCCUGACCCCAGCACCCCAGGGUAUCUCAUGGACCUACUGGCCAAUGAUGACCUCAGUGUGACUGGGACAGACAACUGCACAUUCUCUGUCUGUCAGAAGGCCCUGGGCAAAGACGACUUUACCAAGAUCCCCAAUGGAGUUAAUGGAGUGGAGGACAGGAUGUCUGUCAUCUGGGAGAAGGGUGUGCAUAGUGGUAAAAUGGAUGAGAAUCGAUUUGUAGCUGUCACCAGCAGCAAUGCCGCGAAAAUCUUCAACUUUUACCCCCAGAAGGGAAGGAUUGCUAAAGGCUCUGAUGCGGAUGUGGUUGUAUGGGACCCAAAGGCAACCAGGAAAGUCUCUGCUGCGACUCACCACCAGGCGGUGGAAUACAACAUCUUUGAAGGCAUGGAAUGCCACGGCGUUCCAGUGGUGACCAUCUCCAGGGGGAAGGUGGUGUAUGAUAAAGGUCAGCUUAAGACCAAGCGAGGUGAGGGGCGUUUCAUCCCCAGGGAGCCCUACGCCGAGUUUGUCUACAAACGAGUCAACCAGAGGGAACAGGUGGGACAACCUAGUCCAGUGACCAGGAAGCCUUAUGAUGGGGAAGUCAUCUCCAAAUAAGCGAUGGAACGAAUCAUAAAAAGAUCUCGGAACAGUUACCUAUCUCACUUUUAUCUAACAAUAAUUAACUACCUGAAUAUAUGUCCCAAAAGUCACAAAUCCAUAUCCAUAUCUACAUUCUCAUUGCAGUGGCAACAUCUUUUAUGUAUUUUUUAUGUGGUAAUCUGUGUGUUUCAAUUAUGAUUUUUUCAUCCAUAUCUGUUUGAUUAUUGAUGCCUAGGAAAACAAAAGUGAAAUCUUAGAAAAUGUCAGAUUUUUAUUCAUGAUUUUAAGCGAUUCAUGAGUCACUGAUGCUACUUCAUUGUGAAUAUUUUCUCAUAUUUGCAUCACUGUGGUAUUAAUAUAAAAUGUUCAUACUGUUCUUGAGUAACAUUUUGAAGUUUAAAAAAAGUUCCGCUCUGUUUCUCAACUUGGUGCCACACCACUGUCUGUCUUGCUCACUGAUACCGCAUUCUCUUUAAAGCUUAUAUUAUUCUUUUUGUUUUGAUCAGUGGCAAAAACUCCUAAUUAAAUCCAUUUUGAUUUCAUUUUGUAAUGCAAUAAAAAGUGGAAAA